AUGGCUAGGUUCCAGAAGAAGUCGUUUCCUUUAUAUGAAGACUGUACGUCAUUGUAUGUUGAUUCUGUGCAAGGAGCGAGUGGUGGGAGAAAGCUUAAGCAAAGUCAUAUUGGUGCUGCUAUUGAGGGUUUUGUGCAGUAUAAGAAGAUGCAAACAAGCAAAACCAUGGAAGCUCUCAAUGAAAAGAAGAAACAAGACGAAGAAUGUUUAGUGGAUGUAAUGGAACUUACUGAUGUGGAGAAGGCGUAUGCUAUGAAUAUCUUCAAAUCUAAGAUAGAUAGGGAGGUAUUCAUAAAAAUGAAAAAUAAAAAUGUUCGCUUGAUUUGGCUCAAACAGCAGAUUAGGGUUCUUGGUGUGGAAGCAAAUGCAUGA